AUGAGUGAAUAGUUAAAUAUAAGUAAUGGGGAAUAUUUUAAAUUGCUUGAAAAAGGAGUAAAAAUAACAAGAGGAGCAGUAUAGAAAUAAUAAACUUACACCGAUAAUCAAAAUAUUAGUUAGUCAUUUAAUGAGUAAAGUUCUGGAGAAUAAGGAUUAAGUAGCUCUCAUCAUUAGAGUGGUAUGAUAUAGUAAUCUAGUCAUAAUGAAUAAUAGAAAAAGACUUAAAAAUAAAAGAAAUCUCAACAAAAAAAAUUACCAAACUCAUGUUAAUCAUGCGCUAGUUAAGUUGUUGAGAAUACUUUAUGCAAUGAAUGCCUAAUUAAAUACGAGAAAAAUAAGUAUUGUAUUUUAUGCAAAAAGUCCAUGGUUGAAAGGGAUAAAGCAGAGAACAUAUGUGAGUGUCGAGAUUGCGGUUUAUAUGUUCAUAAGAAGUGUGAACCACUAUUUAAAGAUCGUAAACCUAAUUUCGACUCAUAUAGAUGUCCCAAAUGUCGGAUAGAAUUAAGGAAAAUAAUCUUCUCUGAGCUCAUCAGAUAUUUAACAUAUUUUGAUGAUGAAAAGUUAUUAUGGCAAUAUGAUCCAAGCUCAGUUAAAUAUAGAGAAGUCAUCAAAAAUCCUAUUGAUUUUGACACUAUUCAUAAAAAGAACAAAAAGGGUGAGUAUUUAGAUAAUCCUGAACUUAAACUUUAUGCAGAUAUUAAAUUAAUGUGCUCUAAUUUUUUGGAAUUCAAUUUAUCAAAUCCAAAAGCACAUCGUAAAGGGAGUAUACUAAAAAUUUUAUAUGAUAUUCUGUUUCAAUAAUUCAGAGGUUACUUAAAAUUGACAGACGAAGAUCUAUUAACAUAUAAAAAUAAUAUUCAUUUAUUCACUUCUGAAAAUGUCCAAUUGGCAUUUAGAUAAUUUUUGAAUUAUGGGUUUGGCGGAAAAGAUUUAGUAAACUUAGAAGGGAUAAAUAAUUAUAUCCCAUUAUGGGAACCAUAAUUAUUGAGUAUAACUUAACCAGUAUCUCCUAGAAAUGCUAAAAGUAGUUUAAUUUAAUGGGAAAAGACUAUUAAUUUAAAUUUAGAUUUUGAAAAUGAAGAUGAACCAUUAAUCAAAUUAAAUAUGAUUGAUUUCUUAAAGUAGUAAGUUCAAAGAGAAAUUAAAAUCAAGAUAGAUAUUAAUAAAAUUACAUAGAGACACCCAUAUUUGGAUUAUUUAUUUAAGCUAGAACCUCCUUAAUUAACUGAUGAUUCGAUUGAUUCUCCGUAGUUGCAAUAUAUAGUUAAAGACCUUUUAAUUAAAGAUUUAAGUACUGUCAACUUAGUUCAACCAUUCACAAUGAAAGUAGGAUGUCCUGAAUUAAUUUUUGAAUAUAUUUGUUGUUCUUGUGGAGGAUAUGAAUUUCUAGAUAAUUUAUUGAUGUGUGAAAACUGCCAUAAAACAUAUCACUUCUACUGUCAAAUUAAUAAUUCUCAAUAUCACUAAUAGAGAGUUAUUAAAUCCUUAUAAAAUUGGACAUGUAAUAAUUGUGUUAGAUGUAAGGAAUGUGAUAAAUAUGGAUAAAAAAAUGAUUUAUUUUGUUGCAAUUGUAAUGAAUUUUAUCACUUCUAAUGUGUCUUCAAUAAUUUCAUUGCUCCUUCGGAUGGGCUAGAUUAUUGGAAAUGCAAGAAUUGUUUCAAAUGCGCCAAAUGUCAAACUACUAAAUUAUUUGGUCCAGAAUUAUUAUCAAGAAUCAAACCAACAACAACAUCAAAUACUGUAUUUCAUAAUAUUAUCAUAGGUGCAUAUAAGUAUUGAAUACUUCUAAAAUUUUCAAUAUUGUUUGAGUUGCGGUCUAGAUGUAGCUGGGUUUAGAUUUUGUUAAUUUUGUGAAGAGUACAUAUAAAUCAAUAAUGAUUAAUAAUCUAAUGACUGCAUCGAAAUAGAAAAUUCGAAACUUGGAUCAUUGUAUAGGUUAUAUUUCCAAGAUGUAAAAUGUACAUUAUAAUUAUAAUUUUAGAAAGCAAUGUUGAUAAAAUAUAUUUAAAUAAGGAAACUAAGGCAAUCAAAUAAUACAAACAAUGUGUAAAAUGUAAACAAUUCUAUCAUGUUACUUGUUUGUUGAAGAACAAAAAAACUAUUAAUAAUGAAGGAAUAUGUUCUGAUUGUUCUUAAGACAUUUCCCAAUUAUUAUUCAAAAUUGAAAAGCUUAAAGAAUAAAGUAUAAGAUAAACAAUAAAGGCCAAAUCAUUAAAGAAAGUGGUUCCUGUUGUUUCUAAUUUUUUGGAAUGGGCACCUUAAUUAAAUUAGGUUUAGCAAACUUUUAUUAUGGAAAAUUUAGAGUAAUUGGAGUCUCUUGUAUCUAACUUUUUUUAAUAUUAACAAAACAUCGAGAAUUUAAAAGAGGAUUUAACAAAUAACAAAGAUAUCAGUGAUGAAUACAUUGGUAAAUUGACACAAUAUUGGUGUGCAAGAUAUAAUUGGUUUGAAGCUCCAAAGUAAUUGUUUACUGUUACACAAUAAAAACGAUAAGAAUUUGUUCAUUUUUAACUUGAAAAUGAUUUUCAUGAAAGGUAGCUCCUAAUCCAUUUCUUUAAAUAAAAAAAACAAUUUGUAAUUUUUUCCUUAUAAACUAUAAUUGGUUAAAGCAACACUUUAUUCGAAUUCAGUAAAGUAAAUAGAUUUGCAUUAGAUACAAUUAAUCUUAUUACUGAUUUAUAGUGUUGUUUUGUUUAACAUUUAAAGUAUGAGAAUUCCUUUUAAUAUUUGGAUAACCAAUAUUAUACAAAUUACUUAAAUAUUUUGGAUUAGUACUAAAAUUCGAAAUUAUUUAGAAUGAAAUUCUUAUAGAAUUAAAAGUAAUAACUUCUAUUCCUUCCAAUUCCAAAUUCUAUUGUAAGAUCAAUUAAAAAGUAAUAUACUUCUCAAAUGGUAGAAUUAAAAAAGCAAUAAGCAAAAGAUCACAUUUUAGUUUAAAAAGGGUGGUUAAAGAUAGCAACAAAUUAUUUAAAAUAAAAUAUCAAAUAAUUGAAUGAUAAAUAUUCUGAAACUUAAAUAACAGAGAAAUUGAAAUCAUAUUAAUAAAAUAACCAAUUAAUAAAAUAAUGUAUUUAAGAAAUGAAAUAAUUACACGAUAAUAAAAUUUAAGAGGCAGAAUAGAUUUUAAUUAAAUAAGAAUAAGAGAUGAAAUAAUAGCCAAGGGAGUAAUGUGUUAUAUAAAAUGAGUAUAUCUAAAGAUUUCCAUAAUAAAAUGAGGAUCAGUUAAUAGAAAGUCCAUUAGAUAAAAUGCAAUGUUAAUUGUGUAAAAAAUUUGGGAACAGAAGUGUAAGUGGUAGAUUAUUGUAUGUUGACGAUGUACGUUGGGUUCAUACUAAUUGUGUACUUUGGAAUGAAGAUAGCAAAGAAUGUGAAUUGACAGUUAAAGCAUUACUUAAAAAUAAUAAUUUUAAAUGUGAAUAUUGUCAAUAAGUGGGAUCUUCAAUCAUUUGUGGAAAGUGUAGAAAAAGAUGUCAUUUUUAUUGUGGUUACAAAGAGUAAUGGGCAUUUACUCAUAGCAAAAAAGUAUAUUGCUAAUCUUGUUUUGAUAAUUAGGAAUAAUGUGUUACCAGCUUUAUGAUUUGGAGAAAAAUAGUAGUAUAAUAAAAAUAGGAUAAAAAAUCUUAGACAGUUCUUCAUAGAUAUUCUAAUACAAUUCUGAUUGCAUUGAAGCCAUCAGAAUAAAGAGGGUAAUUUGAAGAAUUGAACUUAUUAACAUUGAGGGAUAAAAUUCUCUAUAUUUCAUUGAACAUGAAAGAAUUCAAAAUCAGAUAUGCCGAAGUAAGUAAGUAGCAAUUUCUAAGAGAAUGUGAAAAAAGUGAUAAAAAUAGACAACUCCAAUUUUCAGUUACAAAAUUGGUGUUGGAUAAAUAUCCCUAUAAAGAAUACAAAGUGCAAAACUUAUAGGAACUGGUGGACUCUUCUAAAGACAAUAAUAUUAAAGGUAUAGAGUUUGCAGAGAAUUUAGGAGAAUUCUUUUUGUUAUACACAUAAUAAGUCAGAUAAUAAUUAUUAGAUACAAAAAAUAUAUAAAAAAUGUGCAAUUCAGUUUGCCAAUUCAGUCAAUUUAAAGAAUGGUUUUAUUAAUAAUCUUUUGUCGAAGAUCUUCCUUUGGAUGAAAGAAUGCAAAUUUUAUAAUAAAUCAGUAGAGUUAUAACUGAGACUUAAGUCAAUCUAAAUACAUUGUAUGACAAUCAUCCCAUGCUAUAUGACAACCUUCCAACUAUUAAACAUCAAAAUAGUAAAUUAUCUAGAAAAGAUCCUUAAUAAAAAAUAGUUACUAUUAAUCCUAAUGAUAUUUUAGAGGAAACUAACCUAUUAACAGAAGAAUUGAAGUAAAUUGACAAAUAAGAAGAAUUAGAAAAAAAAUUAAAAUAAGAAUCCAAAAAUCAGAAACAAAAAAAUAAACUUUAUGUUGCACCUUCACAUAUACAUAAAUAUGGACUUUUCACUAAAUAGGAGUAAUUUAAACAAUAUUUUUAGUUUUAAAAAAGGAGAUUUUGUAAUCGAAUACACAGGUGAAGUUAUUAGAAAUGCACUAGCGGAUUAUAGAGAGUUGACAUACAAUGAACAAGGUUUUGGAGAUUGCUAUAUGUUUAGAGCAUCCAAAACUAAAGUAAUUGAUGCAACUUUUAAAGGGUCAGAGGCUAGAUUUCUAAAUCAUAGUUGUCAAGUAACUAAUAGCCUAAUUAUAGCCAAAUUGUGAUUCUUUAUUAUUAGAUGAAAAGAUCUUGAUUUAUGCUAGAAAGGACAUCUUAGUAGGAGAAGAGUUGACUUAUGAUUAUUAAUUUGAAAUAGAAGCAGAAUCAUAAAAGAUAUAGUGUAGCUGUGGAGCUAAGAAUUGUAUUGGUAGAUUAAAUUGAAUAAAGC